AUGGCUUUAAUCAAGGCACUUAGCUACGGCAGCGUCAUCAGUCAAUUAAUUAUACCUUUAUAUUACUGUUGUACUUCAUUGACAAUUAUUGCAUUCAUACAGAUUGCGAGAAAUUGGGCUAUUUUCAUUCAGAUGCUCUGCAAAAUCGAGGAAGAAUUACUAAUAAAGUAUAACAACGCUAUUAAUUUAAAAGGAAAACUCCGAAAGACGGCCAUUGCAUUGUAUUUGUUUGGGAUAUGUGAACAAUGUCUGGCCACAUUGAACUUCAUAUUUUCGUACAAAUGUGAAAGCAACGCCCAUGGAUGGGAACAGUUUUUCAAAAAACACUUUCACCACAUAUUUUAUUUCAUUCCAUAUCAUCAUGUGCUUGGUAUCUUCAGUUUGAUAAUAUGCUGGUUAAAUCUGAUAAUAUGGAACUUUGGUGACAUAUUUAUUGUAUAUCUAAGUAUAAUUAUGGCCGCCAGAUUUAGACAGAUUUCAGAUACCCUACAACUCUAUUUAUCAACACAGGAUAUUGCAUUUUCUCGUUGUUCAAAACAUAAUUGCAUAUUAAAGAAAGGAAACAAUGCAUUCUUUGGUGAAAUUAGGGAAGAUUAUAAUAAGUUGGCCUUAAUCAUUAAAAAGCUAAAUCGCUUGCUGUCGAAUUUGAUAGUACUAUGCUACGCUUUUAAUUUGUAUUUUAUAUUAAUUCAGUUAUUCAAUAGUAUCCGAGAAAUGGAACCGUAUACUGAGCGAAUAUAUUUCUUCUAUUCUUUCGGGUUUGUUAUAACGAGAACUAUUAUAGUGUCGAUAUACGCUGCUUCUGUCAAUGAAGAGAGUAAGCGUUUCCUUCCCAUUCUAAAUUCUGCACCUUCCUCAUUUUAUUGUUUAGAGAUACAGAGAUUAAUAACACAAAUCCAUAACGAUUCAUCAGCCCUGACAGGACAUAAUUUUUUCACUAUAACAAGGGGAUCGGUAUUAAAUAUUGCAGCUGCUGUUAUAACAUACGAAUUGGUGCUUAUACAAUUUAAUCAGAAUACUAUGGAAUUUUAUAAGUCGGCCAACAGUACAAUAUGUUUUGAUGCAGUGGAUUAG